AUGAUGUCCCCAGCGAUUCGUGCCGGCUCGCUUCGUGCCAUGGCCUCGUCGUCCAUGUCACUGCGAGCCUCCAGACUCGGCAUGCCAUCCACAAGCGUCGCUGCCGCUGUUGCAUCCACAGCACCAUCUUCUGCGAUUGCCUCGCAAACCCGAAACAUCUUCUGGACACGCUCGCGGAAGAAUGACAAGACGGAAGCAGUCGUUAAGGCGGCCGCAUCCGAAGUACAGGCACAGCUGCCACCCCCAAAUACCAACGGCAACGGCAAGAAGAAGGGCGGCUUCUUCCGCAAGCUGCGACGCACCUUCUACGUCAUCUCGAUUGGCGGUCUCGGAACAUACGCAUACUUUGUCUACCAAGGCCGACACCCACCGGAGCAGCUCCCCCAGGACCCUACAAAGAAGACCAUCGUCGUCCUCGGAAGCGGCUGGGGUUCCACAUCACUCCUCAAGAACAUUGACACGGAAGAGUACAACGUCGUCGUCAUUUCGCCGCACAACUACUUCCUUUUCACGCCUCUGCUGCCCUCCGUCACCGUGGGUACCCUCGACGGUCGCAGUAUCGUCCAGCCAACUCGUCACACUACACGCUUCAAGACGCGUGAGGUCAAGGUCUACGAAGCGGAUUGCGAAUACAUCGACCCCGUCAACAAGACUGUCACCUUUGAGGACAGCAGCGAGGUCAAGGGCUCCGUCUCCAAGGUCACCAUCCCUUACGACUAUCUCGUCUACUCGGUUGGCACUGAAAACCAGACCUUCGGCAUCGAGGGUGUCAAGAAGCACGCUUGCUUCCUCAAGGAGCUCAACGAUGCUGAGAAGAUCCGCGGUCGCCUCAUCGACUGCGUCGAGAGCGCUGCCAUCAAGGGGCAGUCCGAAGAGGAGAUCGACCGUCUCCUCCACAUGGUCGUCGUGGGUGGUGGUCCCACCGGUAUCGAGUAUGCCGCUGAGCUGCGCGACUUUGUCGAGUCGGAUCUGAUCCGCUGGUACCCCGAGGUGGCCAACAAGCUGCGAGUGACGCUCGUGGAGGCGCUGCCCAACAUUCUGCCCAUGUUCUCGCAGACGCUCAUCAAGUACACCGAAUCCACCUUCAAGGAGAACUCGAUCGACAUUCUCACCAAGCACAUGGUCAAGGACGUCGACGACCGCGACGUGCUCGUCAAGACGCCCUCUGGCGAGGACAAGAAGAUCCCCUACGGCCUGCUCGUGUGGGCUGCCGGUAACACUGCACGACCCCUGACCCGCCAGCUCAUGGCCUCCUUGCCAGAAGCGCAGAAGAACCGCCGUGGUCUUGAGGUGGACGACCACAUGCGCCUCAAGGGUGCCGAGGACUCGAUCUUCGCCCUUGGUGAUGCUACCGCUACCCAAUUCGCCCCCACUGCGCAGGCUGCCUCGCAACAGGGUGCCUACCUCGCGCGCGUCUUCAACCAGCUCGCUCGCCUGCACGUUCUCGAGGACAAGCUCGCGACUGCCAAGAAGUCCAACGCCGACGCCGCCGAGCUGAGUGGUCUCGAACGACAGAUCGAGAAGGCCGCCAAGAUCCGACCUUUCAAGUACUCGCACCAGGGUUCGCUCGCCUACAUUGGCUCCGAAAAGGCCAUCGCUGACAUCCCUCUGCUGGGCAACAACCAGAUCGCCUCGGGUGGUGUGGUGACGUUCAUGUUCUGGCGAUCGGCGUACAUGUCGAUGCUCUUCUCGCUGCGCAACCGAUCGCUGGUGGCCGCCGACUGGUUCAAGGUGUUCCUCUUUGGUCGUGAUGUGUCGCGAGAGUAA